UGGAGCGGUCCAGUGCGGAGGCUUCAUCCACUGCUGGAGAGAAAAAGAACGUCUUCUAGUUUGAUUUAUCAAAACUGGAGUUCCUGCACAGGCGGAAAUGGAUAGGAAGAUAGCAGAGGAGGAUUCGGAGGAAGUAGAGAUCGAUUUAGGCGACUCCAGUGAAUCUGAGGAGCUGGAAAUAGAGGAGGAACCUCAGACACUGUGGAAGGCCCAACCCUCUGUGGAAGAAGAGGAAAACAUUCACACGUCUACACUGGUGGAAAUCAGUGAUACCAAACCUCUGAUUAACACCAGAGACCCCCGAGGAAUCAACGACUGUCUCAAGGUAACGUUUGAAGAUGUGAUCGCUGAGCCGGUGUCGGUGCGCAGUGGAGACCGAGUCUGGAUCUGGAGCAACGCCCUGUUCGAGGUGUCCAGGGUUUGGCUCUACAGGAUCGUCACGGUGGGUUUGGCCAUUCCAAUGUCCGUUUUGUCUGGAGUGCUCUUCGCCAUCUUCAGCUGCUUCCACAUCUGGAUGGUCGGCCCCUGUGUUCACUGCGUCCUCAUCGGCAGUCGAUGGCUGCAGAGCCUGUGGAACGUCGUUCUGGGAGUGUUUGUCCUUCCUUUCUCCAGAACUGCUAGCAGAUGUUGUGGAGGCUUCAGCAUCCACCUGGCCAAGGAAUGAGACUCGCUCACGAAGCCCAUCCACAAUGGAUUUUCUCAAGAAAUGGUUUUAAUUUCAAACGGACCCAAGAGAGCGUCGAUUGUUUACUGUUUCGUCUAUAAAUAAAGUAAAAUACAUUUUUAAAGGAUGGCAGAACUUUUAAUCAGAAAAGUCCGUUGUAAUUUUCAGUUUAUUGAAAAAAAUGUUCAUUUUUCAGUAACACACAUCCUUAAUAUUAAUCUUGACAACACUUUAAAGUUCUUUUUUCACUUUAAAAUCAGAGUAAUGUUGAAAUCCAUAAAAUAUUUCAUCAAUUUGUUUGUCAAAAUAUCUUUAAUUGAUCUGUAAAAAUGAAUGUUUGGGUGAUUGCUUUUACUUUUAUAUAAAUUAAAACUGAAGUUUCAAGUUAAAUACUUUUUCUAAUGAUACGAUCAUUUAUUAUUUAUGAAUAUUUAUUAAAAAUCAUUCAUAUAUCAGAUUGUACUUUGGAGAAAAAAAGCAUAAUGUGUUCAAAUUUCCUAUUUUUGCUUCAAAAGUAGUUUU